GGUGUGUGUGUGUGUAGGUGGGGGGGAUACAAGGAUUGCGACCCUGUCCGUCCCCCCUGCAGGCAGCAGGACACCACUGUGUCUGAGCAGGAACUAGAAAGGUGGUGCAGCAGGGGGGUCCAUAGGCCCAAUUAAGGAGGCAGACUGCCUGCCUUCUCAUCUCCUUCCAGCAGGUGGCGCCUCCAUUUCGCGCAUGAAACAGCUGGAAUCUCCCCACUGUGGCAUUUACCGGAACCCAAGCCUCGGUUUCCCCCAAGUUCUUUGAUGUUACAAACUUACUGGAAGGGUCGUCUUAAAUUCAGAGUCCUGUUCCAUUUGGGUAAACAGGUGUAAGCUGUAUUUAAACUAUAUUUUAUGGGGGGGUCGUCUUAAAUUCAGAGUCUUCGAUUCGGGCCAAUAUGGGUAAAUGUCUUGGUCUUCCUCCGUGCCCCAUAGGGUGGGGGCUGUGUGAAUGGGGCCUAAUCUAUAUGAACUCGUCUGUUCAGAAUUCCCACGUGGGGCGAUGUCCUUCCCACGAGAAGAAGAGCCCCCAGAUGGAGGCUGGGGCUGGCUGGUCGUCCUCGCUGGCUUCCUGGCCAACUCCCUCACCUAUGGCAUCCUCCGAUGUCUGGGCGUCCUCUUUGAAGAUCUGAUGGAGGCCUUCCAUGCGAGCGCAGCCCAGGUUUCCUGGGUGACGGCCAUCACCCUGGCGACGGAGCAGUGUGCUAGUCCCAUUGGCAGCGCUGCCAGCAUGCGCUACGGAGCCCGGCCCGUGGUGAUGCUUGGGGGGCUGCUAAGCUCUCUGGGCAUUCUCUGGGCUUCCUUCAGCACCAGUCUACUUCAGCUCUACCUGACCUUGGGGCUUCUGACAGGUCUCGGCUGGGCUCUGGCCUUCGCCCCCGCCAUGGGCACCCUCUCGCGCUACUUCUCCUCCCGGCGGCGCUCCGUGGCGAUGGGCCUCGCGCUGAUGGGCAACGGACUCUCCUCCUUCGCCUUCUCCCCGCUCCUGCGGCUCCUGGCGGAGGGCCUGGGCUGGCAAGGGGCCCUGCUGGUGACCUCGGCCUGCACCCUCCACCUGCUGCUCUGUGGCGCCCUCCUUCGCCCCCUGGCCCUGCGGGGCGACCAUCAGCAGAGCUCCGGCUUCGACUUGGGCCUCUUUGCCCAGCGAGGUUUUGGGGCCUUUGCUCUGGGCGUCGCCCUCCUCUCCGCUGGGUAUUUCACCCCUUACGUCCACCUGGAGCCUUAUGGCCGGGCGCUGGGCCUGGACCCCUACCAGGCCGCCAUGUUGGUCUCCCUGGCCGCCCUCUCCGACGCCCUGGCCCGGCUGCUGGCCGGCUGCCUGGCCGGCCGGCUCUUCCUGCCGCCCGUCCGCCUGCUGGUGCUCUUCAACUCCCUCACCGGCUGCAGCCUGCUCUUCCUCCCGCUGGCCGCCUCCUACACCAGCGCCCUCCUCCUGGCCUUGCUGUAUGGCCUCAGUGCCGGGAGCUUUGCCACGGUGGCGUUUGGGGUCUUGCCGGACAUCGUCGGGGUAGCCCGGGUGGUGAACGCCACGGGGCUGUGCCUGAUGGUGAUGAGCCUCGGAGGGUUGCUGGGACCUCCCCUCUCUGGUCUUUUACGGGACACGACAGGCGACUUCACGGCCUCGUUUCUGGUUGGCGGCGCCUUCGUCCUCUGUGCCAGCGGGGUCUUCCUGGCUCUGCCUGCCUUCUUUGCUGGCUGCUGCUGCUGUCCAGGUUCUGCAGUGCCGCCCAGCAUCAAAGGAGGACUGAAGGAACGGGUUACUCCUCACUCGGUUGCCCCUUUCCUGCCUGCUCCCCAGACUCGCCACUGUUCAGAGAUAUGAAAAGGUUCCUGCAGUGCCCGGUACAUUCCUUUGACCUGAACAGAAGAAGAGCCCUGUUGGAUCAGACGGAAUGUUGGCUUCAUCUAGUUCAGCCUCCAGUUUCCCACAAUGCCCCACUGGAUGCCCCUGGGAAGCCCACAGGCAAGAGAUGGUGUGCCCCCCCCCGCUGUGGCUCCCCGACAACUGGCAUGCAGAGGCCUCCUUCUUCUGAACCUCGAAGUAGCCCAUAGCCACCAAGACUAGCAGCCACUCAGAGCCCUGUAUUCCACGAAUUUGUCUAAGCCGCACUAAAAGCUAUCCAAGCUGAGGCCAUCACCACAUCCUGUGGCAGAGAGUUCCAUAGAUUAGUUAUGCUCUAUGUAAAAAUAUACUUCUGUCAUUCGUAAACUUCCUGCUAAUUAGUUUCAUGGGAUGUCCCCUGGAGCAUCCCCAGACAGCAGGCUUUACCAUUGGUUUAGUGCGAGUUCAAAGUUGCCAAAAAACAACAACACAAAAAGUGGAUUUUUUAAACCCCAGAUAUAAAUCGGGCUACACUCCAACGUGUAGUUAAAAACCCGAAUUGUGUGCGAAGUGCUCUCCGAUAGCCUGAAGAGACUUUGGGGUAAAUUUGGCCAAUAUGUGAAUGCACCCCGCUCCAUUCCAGAGGAAUAGAGGAACUAAAAGCCGGGUGUGAAAAACUUCCUGGCGCUAGUGCUGCGAGAGAGGGAGGGAGAAAGGGCUCUCUUUCCACACUAUGCAUAAUUUUAUGAACCUCUAUCAUGUCCCCUUUUCUUUUUUCUAAGUUAAAAAGCCCCCAACUCUGUAGCCUUUCCCCCGUCUUGUGAUACCAAAUUAUACAUAGAUGAAUCUA